AUGAAUGGGACGCAGGAGGCGCCGGCGGGAGCGCCGCUGGCCGCGCACUUCGAGGCCAAGCGGCGCAUCAUGGCCACGGUGAAGCAGAUGGAGGAGCGCGGCGAGAAACUGGAGGAGGCCACGCCCGAGGAGAUCCUGGAGGCGGCCAGCAAGGCGGCCGAGACCGUGUUCAAGUUCGACUUCAGCAUCUCCGAGACCGCCGAGGCCGACGCUGAGGGCGAGGGCAGCGCCAAGAAGCGCAACCGCAACCGCAAGCGCCGCAAGAAGCGACGGGCCAAGAAGGCGGGCGAGCAGGCUGACGACGGCGAGGCAGCAGAGAAGAGCGAGGACGCCGCGAGCGGGCGACCAACCGACGCAGCGGCAAAGCCAGCGCAGGGCAAACAGCAGCAGCAGAAGCAGCAGAAGAAGCAGGAGGCGACGACGGCCUCCAAGGGUCCGGCCGCCAAGUCGGCGUCGUCGUUUCUGAAACUCCGCAAGGCCACGGGCACGGAGAGCGAGGUGGCCAAGAUGCACCUGCGCUAUGGUCAAGGCCGGCGGAACCUGGCGGCCACUCGGCAGCGCGAGCUGCGGAAGAAGACCGCGGACGACAGUGCUGCUGCUGCCAGUGGCGACUUCAAGUUUAACUUCUCAUAG